ACAAGAAAUUUAAUUAGUUAAGUAGCAAAAACUUAUUUCAUCAACAAUAAAAUAAUGUUUUUAUCUUCACGUUUACUUUUAAUAAUUUUUACUUAUAAUUUUUCAACAAUUAUUCAUUCUAGUAGCAAUGAUACUUUAUCACAGUAUUCACAUACAGAAAAUAUCAGUCAAACAACUCAAUUGAAUAAUGAUUUUUUUUAUCCAGUUGACACAGCGUGGCAAUUAAAACUAUGUGAAAAACUUGAAUUUUCAUUUAAACACAAAAGUUCAAUGAAUAAUAAAAUAAUACCUCUAGAUGUACCAAUGGUAAAUAGGAAAAUACCAGGACAUGGAAAUUGCUUUUUUAAUGCGGUUUCUUAUUGGAUAACUGGUAGUACAAUAUAUGGAGUCAGAUUACGAAACCAAGUUUUAGACUAUAUGGAAAUGCAAACGACUUUUUUAACAAACAAAGAAGAUUACUUUCGACGUAUAAAAAAAAUGCGUAAUCCAGAUAAAUAUGCCGAAUCCGAUGAAAUUCAUGCAACAGCUGCAUUUUUAGAAACAUCGAUUUAUGUUUUCUCUGAAAAAAUUUCCCAUAAAUGGGUAUUUUUUAGUAGAAAUGGAUUAGAUGGUAAAAGAAUAAAAGAACCUUGCAUAUAUUUGCAUCUUAGCGGCUUAGACAAUACAGGCCAUUAUACCAUUACAACUGAUGUAGAUUCCGUUGAAGUAUUUAGACGACAUUUUAUACCGGUGUCACCAGAAUGGCAAGAUAUGAAGACUAAAGAGUUUUUUCCUUCACGUAAAUACGUGAAAAAAAAUUUAUUUAAAAAUGAUAUAGUAACAUUUUUGCACAAAAACCAAUUAAAAAUAGAUUAUCCUAGUCAAAAUUAUAAAAAUAGUUUUUAUAAAUCAUUGAGUUACUGUAUAAAUGGAGACAAACAAUUUUAUAAGACCAUACAACAUCUUAUUUACGAAUUUAUGCAUGAAUCUAGAUCCGUUGCAAUGCUUUUGAAGAAUAGUGAGACUCGUCAUAAUUAUAUAGCAAAUUUAUAUAUUAUAAAAAAAGACGCUGAAACGCCUGAAAUAUUUGCUGCCGCUGAACUUUUAAAAACAUCAAUUUAUAUAUACAACUGGGAUGAUGGAGAUUGGGAUUUUGUAAGCAAAAAUGGACCUGAAGGAGUGGAAGAGAUUGAACCAUGUAUAUAUUUGGCUUAUGGAGUAUAUAAAAAUCCAGUGUAUAGCGUUGUUCGUAAAGUAUUGGAUGAUUAAUAAAAUAUUUAAAAAAUGUUUUUACAAAAUACAAAUUUUAGUAUCAUAACUGUGAUAUACUAAAAAUGAAUAUAAUUAAACGUUCGUUUUACUAACUAAA